CCAGUUUUCACAUACUCACAGUUGGCCACAGCCUUCUCCAGUUAAAGAGCGCUCCAAACCAUCAAUGGAGGUCGCCACCACGGCUUCAAGCUUCGCGCUUCACACGCGCAUGUUAGCAUCGCCAACCACUCGCCGAGCCCUAAGCUCUAGCCGCACCCAAACGACGUCGUCCCCUACCCUUCCCAGAGCUUCCCUCUCCACCAAUUUCCUCUCUCCCUUCGCCGGCACCAGCAUCUCCUCCGAAUUUUCCGGCCACAAGCUCCGCCCCUCGAGCCUCAACCCAGCGUCGUUCCGUGGCUACAAGCCCAAACGCGGUGUCGUCACCAUGGUUAUUCCGUUUCAAAGAGGAAGUGCAUGGGAGCAACCGCCUCCAGACCUGGCAUCAUAUCUGUACAAAAAUCGAAUUGUGUACUUGGGCAUGUCACUUGUUCCUUCAGUGACGGAGUUGAUACUGGCGGAGUUUCUCUACCUUCAGUAUGAAGAUGAAACGAAGCCCAUUUACUUGUACGUAAAUUCCACUGGAACAACCAAGGGUGGUGAGAAGUUAGGUUACGAAACAGAGGCUUUUGCAAUAUAUGAUGUCAUGAGGUAUGUCAAACCACCUAUAUUUACUCUGUGUGUUGGUAACGCUUGGGGAGAAGCUGCCUUACUUUUGGCUGCUGGUUCGAAAGGAAACCGUUCUGCUUUACCCUCAUCAACAAUCAUGAUGAAGCAGCCAAUUGCAAGGUUUCAAGGUCAAGCAACAGAUAUUGAACUUGCAAGAAGGGAAGUGAGGAAUGUUAAAGAUGAGUUGGUUAAGCUCUUUUCAAAGCAUCUUGGAAAGUCAACUGAGCAAAUUGAAGCAGACAUUAGACGUCCGAAAUAUUUUAGUCCUAGUGAAGCAGUUGAAUAUGGCAUCAUAGACAAGGUACUGUACAAUGAAAGGACUACCGAAGACAGAGGAGUUGUCUCAGACCUGAAAAAAGCACAACUUAUUCCGUAGGAAGACUGAAUGAUCCUCAGAAGGAAUAUUCAGGUACAGGGAAAUAAUGAGUUAUUGUCAGAUUGUAAGUUAGUGAUGUUCAAUUUUUUUAUUUUUUUUUUCAUUACAUGAAAUUUAUAAUGGCUAAUAUUUGAGUAUGAAAAUCAAGUGGAAUUUUGUCAGAAAUUGUCCUAAACUUUCUGAACUUCUAUGCAAUGCAUGUUUUCUGUUGUUCAAUAAUUUUGACGGCUUCAGGAGAGUCCAAUUAGUUGGGUUGUCAUUCAGAACUACUGGAUUUGACUUUGUUGUGCGUUAAGUUCUGGUUAUUUGAGAAAGGGUGUAAAGUUCUGGUUUCAUAAAAAGUUCUGGUAGUUGAGAAAGAGUGGAAAGUCCCCUUCAGUCAGCCACACGAACCCCCUGAUGAGGUUGGAAACCCAUGUUCUUGGAUAGUGUACCACAGCACAUCAUUCCACAACAUUGACAUUAUAGUUCUUUUUAGCAUAUUUAGUGUAAUGUUGGAACCGCCACAUAUGCUGUGCUAUGAUGGCCUUUAUUAAACUCAACAGGCUAGUAUGGAAGAGGAACUGGGUUGUGUGGAUAUGUACUUUCCGUUUACUGAGAAAUUUGCUCUCUCUAGUGUCGUUUUGAUGCUUUUCAAACAUUUUAGUGCUCACAAUCACUCCCAGUUUCAAUUAUUAACCAUUACAUUGCUUUAGUAUGAGUAUAGAUUAUUCUGGAAUUGGGAUGUAAAUGUGUGUUCUUUUCGUGGCCAUACCACCUUUACCACUAUUUUUCCUUAUGAUUCUGAAAGCGACACCUGGAAUAGGUGCUGUCUAAAGUUGUUGGGUUGGCCAUAUGGUUAGCUUGCUUUACAGCUUACAUUUGCCUUUUAUUUUUUGUUGAUUGCCAAAAUUGGGAGUGAAGAUGACUAAUGAGGCAAUUUUGGUUGAUGGUAUGCUUCGUGGCUUGUAGUUUUGGUUUCAUUAACCAAAAACAUAACCUUUUGCACUUUUCCUGUCAUCCCAAGUUACAAGUGUAAGAGAGGGAUGUGUCAAAGUAGCACAUCUGAAGAUAUGAACCUUACACAUAUUUCAGUGCACUCUCUACAGUUUCUCGUCCAUUAUUCGCUCUAAGUGGUUGUCCCAUUUAUGGAUGUGAUGUCAUUUUUGAGCCCCAUUUAUUUUGAAAGUCACAUUCCUGGAAUUAUGACAGUAUGAAUUAGUUAUUAUGAUAGAAAGUCUUUGUCGUUUGUAGUUGAUACAAAUAUGUUAUUAUGGCGUAGAUGAAUUUAAUCUUGGUAAUAGUUAUGUAAUUUUAUUUUAAAAUGUGGAUCAAGAAGCUUAA